AUGGACUUGGAUAGGGACAUCGAUAGGCUGAACCGCCUCAACCAGAAGAUUUCCAAAAUUAUAAAAAAGGGUAAGGAUUUAAACUCCACAAAAGUCACUAGCGUCCUUGAAGAAUGCAGAAGCUUAAGGGACAAGUUGGAACAGGUGGCCUCUAAGUUCGUCGACACUAAUGACUUUUCAAAUUUCGAUAAAGUAAUCGACAUUCUACACACUACUGGAGCGCUUAUAACACAAAUAGAUGAAGAAUUAGCCAAGAUGUCAUCAAUUGAAAUAAAAUCAGACCUAUUCGAUGAUGAUGCAGAUGCAUUUUCCCGCAUUCAAUUUUCAAACGCAAUUAAUAAACAGUCAAUCACUGAUAGUGACGUUAGUGACAUAGAAAAUCAUCACAAACACAAGAGUAAACAUGAUAAAUAUUCUGGUAAACAUGAUAAAAUGGGGAGACGAAGUGGAAGGAAAAGCGCCAGAACAUCAUCUUCCAAUUCUUCUUUUGUUGGCGUUGUUGAGUCGGUUGGAAAUGAUGUUUUAGAAGACCAUUCUCAUAUUUUUAAGGCAGAUUUCAGCCAAUUAACACAUGAAAACCCAACAAAUCCUAUUCCCUCUUUAACAUCAUAUCCGCAACAGAACAACCUUGAUAAUAAAGUAGAUGACAUAUAUAGCUUGAAAAAUGCACUCAGAGAAGCUAUUCUGAUAAUAAAUGAUUACAAAACAUAUGCAUCCACUCUUGAAGAAUUACUUCGCGACUUAGCACUUGGUAAUUUGCAUUUGAACCCCAAUGACAGGACUAAAUUCUUAGAUAUCAAUAGAGAUUCAAAUACAUUCAUUGACAAUUUGGGUUCGACUUUAGGCAUCUCCAUAAACAGACCAGCCUCAAUAACUCACUCACAAAUUCAAAACAUCCCCUUUCAAAUAGACUCUUCCAUUCUGGUCAACAAUAUGGCAACUUCUAAUAGUGCCACUGUCCCAGUAUUCUACCUGAGACGCAUAGGAUUGGCAUCCAAAAUACCCUUUAUCGAGCCCAUUUCAUUAUCAAACUACUUUGGUCAACAUCUACAUAAACCCAUGCAGGAGCUAUUGCGUUUUGGCAACUUGUUCAGCAUCUCACUUUCUGGAAGCUUUUUUGACUCCAAUUACACAUUCAAAGUGACACUCAAGUGUCUCACACAGUCUAUGGAUAUCUUUAUGUCAUUCCCAAACUCAACAUCUAUCACUAGUGCCACUGUUUCACAAUAUAUGUCAAAGAAUUCAGUGGCAGAAAUCAAGGACACAUUAAAUCUCACCCGCGGAUUAUUCCCUCUUCUAUGCUUGUCGAUUGUACAGUCAGAUGGAUUUGCCUGCAAAUAUACCGUUACUUUACCCUUGGGCCCAUUCCUCUCAAUGUCCUCGAACUUUUUAUCUAUGCGCGAAUUCGACAGUUUAUGGCACUCGCCCAUAUACACCAACUCAAAGUUUUCAACUUACGAACUUUCAAUAUUAUGUUACGAAUCUAAGUGUGCACUUCCCAUGGUUACUAUUAUAUUUGAAGAUAUAAAGAAAGCCCUAGCCCUCAACGAGUUGUUGAAUGUCACGAUUGUUGCUGAGAAGUCACAAACAGCCGUUUAUCAGCUAUCAUCAACAUUUUCUCUUAACUUUUUGGAUAUAUAUCACAUCGAUCCGCAUCUAUUCCGCGACUGUUCCAAUACAUGCUUAAUGGGUAAAGUGGCCGUCAAGUGUGGCAAGAACAAAUUGAACAUUAAGCUUGAAUUGAAGAGUAUUGUACCUGUGCUACUAGUUUCAACGAGGGACUGCUUGAAGGAGUCCUUAUCUGCAGCCUUAUCGAAUAGAGCGUUGCCAUCUGAGUCAAUGCAUAAGAUUUCCAUGGACAAGGAUAUAACACUACCGCUCCCUUUUGAUGCGCCAGUGAAUGAGUAUUUGGACUUUCCAAACCACUUCUAA